CGACAAGAGUGCAUCGAUGAACUGAGAUCUUUAUAUGGCUAUGAAGCACCAUCUUAUAGCACUGUGAAAAACUGGUACAAGUACAACGAAUUCGAUCGUGGCCGACGCUCUCUCAAAGACGAAUUCUGUCGUUCAAAAACAGCCGUUGUGCCAGAAAUCAUCGAUACCGUACGUGAACUGAUAACACAAGACCAUCAUGUAACAUACCUUCAGAUAGAGGCAUGCCUAUGCAUUUCUCCGACCAGAAUAUAUUCGAUAUUGCAAGAACACCUGGCCGUAAAAAAGACUCAACAAGCACUUCGUACCAUAGGUGACGUCUCUAGUACAGAUGUUUCUGAUGAUGAACAUUUUGACCUUACUUUAUCUCAGGAAGGACGAAAUUCUAUAAGGGACACAAAUGUACUACAAUUGUCAACAGCUGUUUCGUCCCAAUCGUCAUUGAUUGGUACGAUGCAAGCGACUACUGAAUAUAAUAGCCGCCUACCUUAGAAAUAACUAAAGUAUGGAGAGUAGAUUAAGAAUACAAUAAGAUUAUGCCAAUGUACGACACAAAUAUUAAUUAUCAUGUAAAUGACAGUUUCUAAAUCGCAUACCUUAUUAAUAUUAGAAUUUAAAUUUUUGAGUGUAUAUUCGACUUAGAUUAAAUAAAAUAAUAGCAAUAAGACAAAUACAAUUAA